AUGUCUAGCUCACUGACAAGCGCACAACAUCAAGAAUUACGAGAUGCUUUCGAUAUAUUCGAUUCAGAUAAAUCUGGUAAAAUAUCUGAAAAAGAAUUAGAAAAAGUUCUUAAGGCAUUAAAUAUUAAUGUCAGUGGUAAUCAAUUAAAAAAAUUAGUUAAUGAAAUGGAUACAAAUAAAAGUGGUCAAAUUGAAUUUGAUGAAUUUUGUCGUGUUAUGGCUGAUGCAUUUUUUAAAAAACAUUCUCAUGAUGAAUUACGUGCUGCUUUUCGUCAAUUUGAUCAAGAUGGUUCAGGUUAUAUUCAAGCAAAUGAACUUGAAACUAUUAUGGCAAAAAUGGGCAAACGUUUUACUAAAUCUCAAAUCGAUGGUUUAGUUAAAUCUUUAGAUACAAGUGGUGAUGGAAAAAUUUCAUUUGAUGAAUUCGUUAAAUUAUUUUAA